AUUUCAACGUUUUUUUCUUUUUAUAGUCAAACAAAAAGAUAUACUUCCCUCAUUGAUCAUGUCAGAAGUAGCCACCUUGGAAAAACCUUUAGAAUCACUAACAGUCAACGAUGCAGACGAAGUUGCAGAGUUCACAAAGCUUGUAAAAGAUCUCAAAGCAAAGGUCAUUGACAUGAAAAACCAACUAAAGCCCCUAAAACAAAAGAUUGAAGAUGAUCAAAUACACACUUCAAAAGGUGUUUCAUUCCUUGAGGUGAAAUAUCACAUUAUGCUUCAGUAUAUCCUUCAGCUUGCUUUUUACGUACAUCUAAAGAUAUCCGGCAAACAAAUUGAAAAUAAUCCAGUUGUUGAAUCUCUCGUCGAACUUCGGGUUUUAUUAGAUAAGAUGAAGCCUAUAGAAACCAAACUAAAAUAUCAGAUCGAUAAACUUGUGAGAGCAGCGGUUUUGGACACCAGCAGAAAGAACGAAUCAGGGCAGCCAAACGAGACGACUGAUGUAGAAAAGAAAGAAGAAAUAACUGUGGCACAAGCUGUGGCAGUAGAUCCAUUAGCCUUCAGACCAAACCCAAUGAAUUUACUUGCUAAAGAUGAAGACAAUGAAGAUGUGGAUGAAGAGGAGAAUGUAGGAACGGGCGUAUAUAGACCACCCAAAUUAGCACCUGUUACUUAUAUAGAAGAUGAUAAGAAGAAGGGCGGAAAGAAGGAAAGAGACGAAGCUCGUUAUAAGGAAAAAGCAUCCAGAUCACGUAUCAUGAAAGAUUUGAUGACAGAAAUGUCUGAGAAUCCGGAAGAAAUUGAUGUUUUCGGUGGUGUCAAUGAAGGCACAGGUUUCGGUGAUCGGGUAGAUAGUAUGAUUGCAGAAAAGAAUCGAUAUGAAGAAGAUAAUUUUGUUCGUCUUUCAGUGACACGUCGUGAGAAGAAGAGAUUGAACAAGAAUAGAAGAAUGAAGUUCGAAAGUGAAUUUGAUAAUUUGAAUGAUUUCUCUAAUUUGGCUGGUUUGAAAGAUGUCGAAGAACAGGAGAAUGAACGUUACCGUAAUGUACUUAGCCGCAGUAAGAAAAAUAAGAACGAAGUUUUCGAAAGUAGUGGUACUAAACGUACAAGGGAUGAAGGCAACGAUGAUGGAUUCCAUGGUCUGUUUGAUGGCGAAAGUAAGGUGAAGAAUAAAUUCUCAGCGAAAAGACACAAAAAGAAGGGAGGAAAGGCCAAAAGAAGAUCCUAAGUUAGGACUAUAAAUUAUGAAAGAUACCUGUAUAGAAAUUUGAAUUGUUUUUGUACUCUAAUUUUAAUAAACUGAACAGUCUAAAAUA